AUGACGGGCUCAGACGAUGAAGGUUCGUGUCGACGGAGAAACCCGAAUAUCCUGAUCACCGGCACUCCCGGGACCGGAAAGACUACCCAUGCGGAAAUGCUGGCACUGGAAUCUAACGGCUCCCUUAAGGCGAUCAACAUCGGCGAUUUUGUGAAAGAACAUGGUUGCCACGAAGGAUGGGACGAUGAAUGGCAGAGUUGGUUGGUGGACGAUGAGAAACUCUUAGACGAAUUGGAACCGCUGAUGUCUUCAUCGGAAGGUGGGAUCAUAUUGGAUUGGCAUUCGUCAGAAAUCUUCCCGGAAAGGUGGAUCGAUUUGGUGAUCGUUUUACGAACAACACAUACUAUACUUUGGGAUCGAUUGGAGAAACGAAACUAUUCUUUAAGGAAGAUCCAAGAGAAUAACGAAGCUGAGAUCAUGGGUGAAUGUAUCGAGGAGGCCAGAGAGAAUUAUGAUGAAGAAAUUGUGAUCGAAUUAGAAAGUGAAUCCAUUGAUGCUAUCGACUCUAAUAUCCAUCGAAUCUUGGCCUGGAUUGAACAAUGGAAAAAUGACAACCAACAUCCAUGA